GGCGGUAAAGAAAUCUGGGAUGUUGUUGGUGGUUGAGGUUGAAGGUUGAAAGGCAAAUGGUUCAUGCGUGUAAAUUCCCUUAAUUGAAUGUGGAUAAGAGCAUUGAAAGGAAGACCUUAGUGCUUCAAUCAUUACUUGGUUUGGGGCCUCUAAUGGUUGGUUUGUCAUGUGAUCCUCUGCUUUUCCCUGGGAUCCACUCCACAUGAUGAGAUGCCAUCUUCACAUAGCACAGUUGCGACUCAGCAUAAUUGCGAAAGACGUACGAGGGCGUCCAGAAUCUAUUUCGGGAUCUCAGAGACUCCAUAAUAUAAGGAACGUGGGUCACAUUUUUGCUUCAGAUAGCUGAUUUCUUACACAAACCCCAGGAAAAGGAGGCUCUGUUUAAGUCCUAAUAUUUAGUUGGUUCAUACCAAACUCCAUUUAAUGUUGGACUUUAAAUCCAGGAGAAGCUUUUCUAAAAGCAGGGCAAAAGCAAAAGCUUGAGACAGAGGCCUUGGCCCCAUCACUUUAGUUUUUCUCUUUUCUCUUAUUUUCUGGAGGAAAGCUCUAGGGUUAGAAUCAAGGUUCCUCGUUUAGGUCCAUUAUCUUUAGCUUUUCCUUUUUCAAAGACUUUCCUGUCUCUUAACUUUACCAUGAUGCCCGCCACUAUUUGACACCCCAUGUUUCAUCAUUCUUGCCCUUCACUCUUAUUUAUUAAAUCCUUGCAAGUUGUAAUGAUGGUGCAGCCAUGAGUAGAGCCCCGUGGAUUGGAAAUGGAGACCCUGAACAGGACUUAUGAUGCAACCCAAGGCGAAAGGGGACAUUUCCAAGCGAAUUCGCCGGUUGUUUUCAUGUACUGUCUAACCUUUUGUUAGCAGCUUCUGCUGGUUCUUCUUUUCCGGAAGACCUAGGGAUGACAGUCAAGACCUAUUCCGCCAAUAUGACCAAGAAAGAAGAAAUCUGGUGUGCUUUAGGGAGAGGGUGUGGGUCGGUGACUGCUACAAGGGACGAAAGUUUUGCAUAUACGGGGAAUUUGUUGCCAUGGGAUGAUUAUAUUCACGAUGUACGAAUGAGACGACAAAGCUGUUGAAGUAUAGAGCGUUUGCCAUGCCAUGGCGGGGCAGGUGGGCCUAUGGUUUCUGUUCACCUUUACGACCCCGCGUGAAGCAGCGCUAAUCAAGCUCCGGGGAGCCUGAUUCCAGGUGGCUUGUGUUUCCACCUAUUAAACUUAUUCCUAGUUCUUUCUUUGGAUAUUUUAGACAGACAUUCUCUUUUGAGCUCUCCCAAUGGAAUAAACUACUUUCUUUUCCAUGGUCAUGGAUAUCCCAUACUAAUGCCUGGAGACAUUAGAAAUAGCAUAUAUAGAAUAAAACUGUCACAUUCACCUGAAAAACUCUUGACACACUGUAACUAGGUAGCAACACCGAGCCUCUUCUCUCUCUCUCUCUCUCUCUCUCUCUCUGUUAUAUGCGGUGGGUUUAGACAAGACAACGAAAGCAACAGGCAUGGCUGCCAACAAGUUUGCAACCGUGUUGCAUAGGAACACAAACAGGCUCAUAGCCAUCCUGGUGUAUGCUGCCCUCGAAUGGGUUCUCAUCUCAAUGCUUCUGCUGAACUCUUUGUUCGGCUAUCUCAUCUCAAAGUUUGCGGGCUUCUUCGGCCUUAAGCCCCCGUGCCCAUGGUGCUGCAGAAUCGACCGAGUAUUGGAGCGUGGCAAGAGAGCAGAUCACUCUUUUGUCAAUGAGGUGUGCGAGACCCAUGCUGCUGAGAUUUCCAAGUUGAGUUAUUGUUCGAAUCAUCAUAAGUUGGCCGAAUCACAAGGUAUGUGCAACGACUGCUUUGCAUCUAGGCCAGUUACGGACGCAUCAAACGGAAUGACGAGGACGCCAUUUGUCUCUAUGAUGAGGGAGGAUACAUGCCAGAAUGGAGAUGACAUUUUAAGGUGCUCAUGCUGCAAAGAGAACUUAACCGGAAAAUGGCACUCUUCUUGUUUGCUAUGGAAGCCUUCUUGGAGUGCUUCGGAUGUUAUCCAGAAAGAAGGCCUCUCAAUUGAAGAAAUUGUUGAUGAGAAUGCAGGAUCCAAAUGUGAACAGCUGAAGAAACCUAAUGGACUGCAAAAUCAGAGGGAAAGCUUGCGUGAGAUAGAAGAUCAUAAUGACGAAGCCGAAGGCAUAUCGGAGGAGCAUCAGGUACUUUCUGAUGUUGAUAGUUUUAGUUUUCGAGAAGCAUCCGAGGAAGAUUAUUCAAAGCCCUUGUCGAGCAUACUGUGGAAUGAAAAGGAAGACACUAAUGAGGACAUUAAGGAAGCUACUUCGGAGGUAGUAGAGAAGUAUUCCUAUGGCGUGAGCAAUGGGACUCCCACUUCCAAAGGAAAGAGCACAACAUCUUGUCAUAAAGAAGAUGAUUUACUCAAUGCCAUUGAUCUGCAACACAAGGACUCUGAUGCAUGCGAUUGGCAACGGGUGAUUCCUGUGGAUCUGAUAGAUUAUUCCACCAAUGAAAAUACAAAGUUUCACGCCUUGGUAGAGGAACAUCUGCGCAAGUGGGAUCAUCAGCGAGAUGCAGCUUUCACUUCGAAUUUGGUUUUUGAGACCGAAAUUGGUCUCUUAAGAGAGUCAUUCAUUGUGGAUGAUGACAUAAAGAAGGCGGCCUAUGCUGAGAUGAAGAAAUUGGGAAUUUACAUGGUUGAUGAGGAGAGUGCUUCAAUUCUCCCAUCUGAAGAGGGGAAAUUAGAACAUGAAGACGCUUCAGUUGCUCGAGCAGCUCAAACAUUGGAAGCUGAUGAUGACAAGAUUGAAGCAUGUGCAAUGGAAGAAUUAAACAAACCAACAGGUGCAAUAUUGAAGGAUGAAAUGGGUUGCAUUGAAAUAGCAACAGAUCUCACUGCCAGGAGCACGAAAGUUCCCACUUCUGAUCAGUCACACCCUCAGGAAUUACUUACUUCAUUACAACUCUCGAAAGAAAAUCUCUCUCUUGUGAAUGGCCAGAAUGCUGAAGUCACUGACACCUCAAACGAGUUAGUACCUCAGGACGGACAUGAUUGUAAUGUAGGUACGCUCCCUCCAGGCCCAGCAGAAGCAGGACAGAGUUAUGUGCAAGAGACCAUGUUGAGUGACGAGAGUCAAGCAAAUCCAAUCAAUUGCCAGCCAAUGGAGCUUGAAGCCGAGGAAGAAAAGUUUCCUGAAACACCAACCUCAGUGGAAAGUCUACAUUAUUUACAUAAGAAGUUGCUUCUGUCUGAGAAAAAAGAAUCUUCCAUAGAGGAGUCGUUGGAUGGAAGUGUGCUCAGUGAGAUGGAAGUUGGUGAUGGGGCGAUAUCUGUCGAAAGGCUCAAGGCAGCUCUAAAAGCAGAGCGAAAAGCUUUGAGUGCAUUAUACGCUGAACUAGAGGAGGAGAGGAGUGCCUCUGCAGUGGCCACCAACCAGACCAUGGCUAUGAUCACGAGGCUUCAGGAGGAGAAGGCGGCAAUGCAAAUGGAAGCACUGCAAUACCAGAGGAUGAUGGAAGAACAGUCCGAGUAUGACCAGGAAGCUUUGCAGCUUCUAAACGAGCUCAUGAUCAAGAGGGAAAGAGAGAAGGAAGAACUUGAGAAAGAGUUGGCCAUAUACCGUCAGAAAGUUUCAGAUUAUGAGGCCAUGGAGAGGAUGAGAGCAAUGAGAAACAUCCGUCCUGAAAAUUGGAGCAGUAAGAGCUCGUCUGACUUUGGCAAUAAUGCAGAAGACGGCAACAAUCUAUACAUUGAUCUAAACCGUGAGCUGAGAGACAAUGAUGCCGGCAACCUCUGUGGCCACCAAGAAAUUAAUUCCCCUGACAAUACUCUGACCGAUGAAGUUUUAAACUUGGAGGAGAUGGCGCUAGAUUGCGUGAAGCACGUGACUUCUCUUGAUGACUCCUUGGCAGAAUUCGAGGAAGAGAGACUAUCCAUUCUUGAUCAACUGAAGGUAUUGGAGGAGAAGCUACUCAUAAUGAGUAGCAACGAAGAGUUCAUGAAUGAAAAAAACUUGAGCGAGCAAUUGUCAAACUUUGAUGAGAAUGACUUUGAUGAGCGUCACAAUUUCACUUGUCAAGAACAAAAUGGGGUUUUGGACGCACUUCCAAAAGAGCCGAAUGAAAACUACCAUCCUGAAAAGGAGACAAUGUGCUUGAUGGCGAAAAGACUGCUUCCUCUUUUGGAUGCCACAGAAACUGAAUAUGAAGAUGCUAUGAUUGAUCAGGAUCCAGGUGAAAACAUCUCCAAGUUUGAGGAGGAUGGGAAGAAAUUAGCCAUAGUUGAGGAGGUCGACCACGUCUACGAGAGGCUACAAGCCCUUGAAGCAGAUAGAGAAUUUUUAAAGCAUUGUAUGAGCUCCAUUCAGAAGGGCGACAAGGGGAUGAAUCUUCUCCAAGAAAUACUGCAACACCUCCGCGACUUGAAGAGCGUCGAGCUCCAUACAGGGAAUAUGGAUGAGGGCAACUAAGGUGACGAUUUGCUAAAUCAAUCUGCUAAACACGUGUGCUUGUUCUUACGUAUCUUUGUGCUCAUCCGUUACGCUUUGCUGAACUGCCAAGCAGGAAAUUUUGUCACCCGACUCUGUUCAUAUGCUUCAUCCUCUGGUAAUGGCAUGUUAUUUGAUAGAUCUUGGUCGAAUUGAGUCGUUCAAGAAAACAAGGUUGCUCCAAAUAUUAGAGUAAAACUACUUGGCUGUGUUCUUCUACAUUGUAACAUUAGGAAAAAGUUUGUCCAAAUAUAUCUUUCUGCAGAGUACAACAAUCUAAGCCAAUAUGUAUGACAGAUCAUUCUUUGAGCAAUUCAGUGCUGCAUCAUAAGGUAUGA